AUGGCGGGGAAACGGCGGCUUCUGAUUUCUCCACUGCCGCCAGCGGCGGAGGUUGAUCACAUCAGCCACUUGCCCGACGCCAUAAUCCACCGCAUCUUCUCCUUCUUGCCCUUCAAAGACGUGGUCAAGACCAGCAUGUUGUCCAGGCAAUGGCGUUUCGCUUGGACCUCCACUCCAUACAUCGAUCUCUCUCCCCGGUCAGACGGUGUCCUUCCUUCGACCGGCAGAGCACUGAGUCUCUGCACAGCUGCUAAGAUAGAGAAGUUCCAUCUCGACGCUUCUUCGAUGUCUGGUUUAUACAUCCCACUCUAUUGGUGGUUUCGCAUUGCCGUGGCGCGGAAAGUGGAAGACGCUUCGUUAGGCUUGGACGCUUGUAUCACCCCGUACCUCGAACCUUGUGCGAUUGUGCGUCGCUGGUUGCGUAACAAGAAGAUUAUGAAAAUCUUGAGCGGGAGCCCCGUUCUCGAAUCUCUUACAUUGCAGUUCUUGCCCAGCAAUCACAACCUUUGGAUUGAUUCAAGAUCUCUAAGAGAGUCAGUGAUCGAAGCUGAUUAUAUUCCGUCGCUCAACAGCUCGGCUCUGAAUCUGCUUUCAUUGCGUCUGUCGGGCGGAUCUGUCCUUACAGGCUUUAGACUAAACUUAGUAUUUCAUUAG